UUGGGAUGGGUACCGAUCAUAACAAAGACAUAGAUCAUAGAAGUACAAGACACAACGAGCUUCAGCAAGCCUGCUUGCGCACCACUUAUUUCCUGAGAUCUAGGACAAUAAAAUACUGAAAACCUCCAAGGCCUUCUACAAUGUGUGAUGCUGAGGAUGGUGAGGGAGAGGUGUUUGAAAUCACUGAUUUCACCUCCGCUUCGGACUGGGAGCGGUUCAUUGGCUCUGUCACAGAACUCCUGCAUGAGUGGAAGGCUGACAAGGAGCCUCUCACAGCUCCUGAAGGAAAGGAGGCACCAGCAGCAACACCUUCCCGGCCCAUCCUGCAACAAUCUGAGGUCGAUUUUGCUGGUUGCCGCUUCACCGUAACAUUCGUCGACCUUCCCGGCCGAGCGGAGCGUCGCUCCAGCGUGCCCUCGGCCCCCUCUGCCGAUCCCUCGGACCCCUCUGCCGACCCCUCCGUCCCCUCUGGCGCUCCGCCGGCGUCCCCACGGUCCGGAGAGGACAGUGAUGACGAGCCGGAGCGUCUGCCGCCGGCGCUGGACGAACUGCGCUCAGCCACCGCCGACUUCCGGCCCGGCGCGGCGGCGCACCCGGUGGCGGAGGCGUUUGGCGUCCGGAGGUUCAUCACGGUGCGUCCCAGCGCCGAGCCGGGCGUCAACAGCGAGAGCAAGGCGCGCAUCCUGCUGAGCUCCCUGCACAUGGCACUGCGAGAGGCUGCCUGGGACAUUCCGAUGUUCGUUCAGGUGCACCGGCUGGCGAUGCAGUACUUCAUGGGCACCUGCGUGGGAGAAGGUGUGCUGGUGGAGUUCUACACGAUCCUGCUGAAGCGCGCCCCUCCGCACCUCUAUUACCUGUCCGGCCUGCUGGACCUGUUCAAGCAGAAGUUAUCUGCCCGCGCGGUGCCGGCUGUGUCGGUCUCCCUCCGUCUGCAGUACACGGUGGACGACUUUGGAGGGCUGACCUACUGCGGGGAGGCGGCGGACCCGGCCGAGCUGGAGGCCGUGCUGCCUGACCUGGACGGAGAGACUGCGCUGCCGCUGGACGCUGCCGAGGGACUCGAGCCGCUGGCUGGCCUGGACCUGAUGGCCUGCUGGCACCAGGUGGCCGAGACACUGCUGGUGGAGGACUCCUACAGCCAGCUGAACCCGCGCCACGCGCCCCUCUGGAGGGUCCGCGCACGGCCCGCAGCUCGUGCGGUGGGACUGCUCGGACUGUGCCUGAAGGACGUGUGGAUGUUCUGCCACCGGAGAGACACGUUUGAAGAUCUCGUGGGCCGCGCCAUAAUCGACACACCACCGCAGGGUCAGGCGCCGGACGUCACAGCGGCCCUGUCCCGUCUGACCGGGCCGGGCGGCCGCGCCGGGGCUGUGCCCGGCCGCUCCACCCACCACCAGGCGGGCCACAGACACCUGGACGAUACCACCGAGUAUGUGAACCGGCUGUGCGAGCAGCUCUUCAACCAGGAGCAGGAGGUGGCGCCACCACCGCCGGCUGUGCCAGCCAGCCUACCCCGCUCAGUCAAGACCCAACUGACCGAGGUCAAGUCCAGCCGUCCGGGCGACCUGCUGUGGCGGCUGGCGCGCGUCGUCUGCCUCCUGGCCCGCUCGCGCUCCUCGUCGCUGCUCUGCCGGGUGUGGGAGCGCUUUCUGCAGCAGCUGAGAGGCCACUGGGAGACCGUCCAGCCCGUCCCAGGGGUGGAGGAGGGGAGUCCGAGCUACAAUACAUCGCUGCUCCAUCAGAAGCUUCAGAUGCUCAACUGCUGUAUCCAGAAACGUGCUCAGGGAAUGAAGAGCUCUCAGGACGCUCUGGAUAGCGGAGAGGCCAAAGCGGAGGAUGAGACUGAGGACGACGACGAGUUUUUCGACGCUCCCGACGAGGGCCCGUCGGAGGAGGCGGACUGUGCGCGGCAGCAGCGGCUGCCCUGGAACCAGCCCGAGGGGCGUCUGAAGCCGUGCGGCUCCCUGCGGCUGCUGGAGACGGGGGAGCGGCUCUACAUCCCCGUCACUCAGGACGUGGCGCCGAUGACCGAGGACCGGCUCCAGGAGCAGUCGGAGGUUCUCGUCAGCCUGGGUACAGACUCAGAAGGAUGUCAGCUGCGGGCGCGAAUGAUGGCCGCGUCACUCACAUCCGACAUGGAGGCGUUCAAGGCCGCCAACCCGGGCAGCACGCUGGGCGACUUUGUCCGCUGGUACUCGCCCCGUGACUGGAUCCAGGAGGAGUCAGAUGACUCCGGUAAAUCGGGGUCGCUGAGUGCGCGGAUGCAGAUCGCCGACAACCUUUGGCUGGAAGCGUGGUCCGGCUCCAAGCCGGUCCCGGCGCGCCGCCAGCGACGUCUGUUCGAUGAGACUCGCGAGGCGGAGCGGCUGUUUCACCAGCUGGUGACGCUGCGUCCGGCGCAGCUCGUCCAGAUGCUGUCGCCGAUGAUCUACCACGCUGCCAUCUAUCGACUGGUGGAGGAACUAGAGCCUGCCGAUCUGCCCGCCAUUGGACAGCAGCUGGAGGAGGCCGUACGCCGCCUCCACUCUGCAGCCAAGGCCGACUGGGACGACAAAUCCUACGAUGGGGUCGGUCAGCUUAUCGCCACAUGUGAACACUACGUGCUCCGACGGCGCUCCCUGGCGCUGAAACUGGACGGCGUCCCAGAGAAAGACAAGUUCGUGCAGCUGCUGAUAGGUGGCGUUGAGGUGCCGGUGCCCGGAGGCCCUAAUGGCGACGCGGCGAGGCGACUGGAAAGGCUGUUGACUGGAGACCAGGCUGACCAGCGACUGCCUCCGCCGGCCUCUAAGGAGUACAUUCUGCGCGUGCCGUGCCGGCGGCCGGGCGCGGCGUCGCGGCCGCUGCCGCAGCGCCUGCACUGCCGGGUCUCGGAGGACACGUUCCGUCUGUCGGCCUCUCUCAGUCAGGACAGUGUGUUCAGCUGAGCGGCCCGGUCCGGUGGGUGCCACGCAGAGCGCCAGACGACCUCGCCUUGGGUAGCUAGUGCUGUGCGGUGGGCGAAAUGAAUUAUAUAUUGGUUUGGUAUAUCAGGGACGGGGACGGAGCGGGUCGCGCGGGCCCACCGUUGUUCUGGGGAACAGGGAUAGGAGCUGUGGGGAUGCGAGAAAUACGACCUGUUCCCAGCGGAUCAGUCCCGUGGUUGUGCCCCGCGACGCGACGCCCGUGUUGGGUGAACCUCGGACUGAAAAAGACCAGUCAUAGACCACAUUUAAUAGAUAGGCAUAGCGGUACGCAGAGGUCUAUGGACGAGCUGAUACCGGGGCUGAAAUGUCUUCCGGUAGUGAUAUCCAAUAGCUUCGGGAGAAAGCAUGUCUUUCUCUUUGUGCAUUGGCUUUCUUUGCUUUGCCGCUGCUUUGGCGUCCUUGACAUCGAGCGUUGGCUUUGUGCGUAGUGCGUAGUGCUGAAUAGGCUAGCGAAGCACCUUAUGCUAUCACUGAUGCUAGCGUAGCUCUGAUGCUAGUGUAGCUCUGCUGCUAGCGGCUCGGUCCGUCCGUCCCCUGCGGUGUAGGGCGGACCGAGCGAGAGCGGCACGGCCCGUCCUUAGCCGCCACCGGCAGCUGCGGCGCCGGACAGGCCGGCUCGAGCGGCCGCCGCCGCAUCUACUGACGGUACGCUCGGUAACUACCAGCGUUUGGGGUGAAGGCUGGGUGUCAUCUGGUGACUGAUUGUUCGUGUUAUUUCAGUGAUGCCGUCAUGUGCGACUUUGGAAGCUGUGUUUCGUAGUGAGAACUGUGUCUUGUGGAUAGUUGUUUCUGGUUAAUUUGUGCGCUGUCAUGGUGGUUUGUGUGGCUAUGGAUGCAACUUAAAAUCAGGUUAAUCGUA